AUGCCACCUUAUGUUGCUGUAAGCAGGAGGAAUGCAACAUGGAGGUUGCCAAAAGCAGCUAUAAUUCCUAACUUCAAUCUCCCAAUGUGUAGUUUUGAAGUUAAAAACAGGACUUCUACAGAGAACAUAAAGUCUCUUAGAUUGAUAACUGCCAUCAAAACCCCGUAUCUACUAGAUGGGAGAUUUGAUCUCGAGGCAUAUGAUGCCUUGGGAGUGAUUGUCGGUGGCACUACCAGUGAAGGCCAGUUGAUGAGCUGGGAUGAACACCUCAUGCUAAUUGGUCACACAGUCAACUGUUUUGGUGGAUCUAUCAAGGUCAUUGGAAACACGGGAAAUCCAAAAGUUUGUGGAAAACCCUCUCGGAGGGCACUUGGAGUGAGACAUUUGAUGGUUUAG